AUGUGCGACUCUCAAUCUACUUUCCUUACUGUCUGGCCAGUUUUCUUCAUUAUUUCCUUCCUUUUUGCCUACAUACUUUUAUCCUUCCCUUCCUUCCUAGCAGCUUUCCUUCCUAACCGCUUUCCUUCCUUUUCUUUAACCACCCAAAUUCUUUCUUUCCUAACUUCCUUCCAUCCUUUCAGGCUAUCUUUCUUUCUUUUUUUCCUUCCCUUCUUUGCUCCUUCCUACUUGGAUAUCAAACUUUCCUGUCUGCAUAUUUUACUCCUCCUCUCUUUUCCUUCCUUCCUUGCAUUCCUUACUUCCUUGCAUUCCGCCCUUCAUUCCUUCCUUCCAUCCUUCCUUCUUUGUCCCUUCUUUCUUCCAUGCUCACUUCCUUCCUUGCCUUCCUUCCUUCUUGUCUUCCCACCUACAUUUCUUCCUCCUUACCUCCAUCCCUCCCUUCCUUCCUUGCUUCCUUUGCCUCCCACCCUCCUUUUCUCUCUCUUCCUUCCUUCCUAUCUACUUUUCUUCAUUAUUUCCUUCCUUCUUGCCUACUUACUGUCAUCCUUCCCUUCCUUCCUUGCAACUUUCCUACCUAGCCACACUCCUUCCUUCUGUUUAACUACUCAAUUUCCUGUUUCCCUUCUUAGGUGCUUCCUUCCUUCCUUUUUUCCUUCCAUCCUGCCUUCCAUUCAGGCUAUCUGUUUUCGGAUAUCUUCCUUGAUCUUGGAUUUCCUAGUUCUUCUUCCUUUCUUUGUUCCUUCCUACUUGCACAUGAAACAACUUUCCUUCCCACUUUGCUGUCUGCCUAUUUUACUCCCUAUCUCCUUCCCUUACUUCCUUGCGUUCCUUCCUUCCUUGCCCCCACCUCUUUCUUCCUUGCUUCCUUCCUUUCCUUCCUUGCUUAGUCCCUCCCUCCAUUCUUUCUUUGCUUCCUUCCUCCCUUCCUUGUGUUCCUUCCUUCAUUGCGUUCCUUCUUUCUUUACCUCUCUCCUUCCUUCCUUCCUUCCUUCCUUCCUUCCUUCCUUCCUUCCUUGCCCCCUCUUCUUUUUUCCUUUCUUCCUUUCCUUUCUUUCUUUCCUUUCUUCCUUUAUUCCUUCCUCCCUUCGUUCCUUCCUUGCCCCUCUUCUUUCUUCCUUGCUUCUUUCCUUCCUUCCUUCGUUCAUUCCUCCCUUCCUUCUUUCCUUUUGUUCCUUCCUUCAUUGUCUUCCUUCUUUCUUUACCCCUCUCCUUCCUUCCUUACUUGCCCCUCUUCUUUCUUCCUUGCUUCUUUCCUUUCUUCCUUUACUUCCUUCCUUUCUUUCGUUCCUUCCUCCCUUACUUCAUUCUUUGUGUUCCUUCCUUCAUUCAUUGCUGUCCUUCUUUCUUUGCCUCUCUCCAUCCUUUCCUUCCCUCCUUCCUUGA